CAAAGACAGCGAGCAGAGACAGAGCUGCAGAUCACUGCAGUGCUGCUCAGCUGCUGUCUGUCGCUGUUUUGAAAACAACCCGGUUCAAUCCGGAAACACUUCAAAAUAAAAGCUCCAAUUUUACUUCGGUGAUUUCCCACUACCAGAGGAUCUGAACCAAGGAGCUAUUACUUUGCACAGUUUUGAGGUGGAAUCACCAGAGGCAGCCAGAUCCCAUCAACAGAGCCAUCCACACGCUGUGUGCUGCCAACUCUCGGAAGGCAGCUGGACUUGAUGGCAUGUCAUGACUCGUACUGAAGGACUGUGCAGACCAGCUAGCUGGGAUCUUUAUCAGGAUAUUCAGUCGGUUUCUGUCUCAGUGCACCCUGCCCGAAGUUCUACGUCAGGUCCAUCUGCCCGAAAAAUAGGUCAUCACCAGUCUCAGUGACUGCUGGCCAGUAGUUUUGACCCCUAUGGUAAUGAAGUGCUUCAACAAGUUCACCAGGAACCACAUCAUGUCCUUCAUUUCUCCCAUGUUCAACCAAAACCAGUUCUGUCCCACUUGGAGCAGAAGCAUGGCUUCUCUUUAGAGACCUCAGCUCUGCCUUUAAUCCUGUCCUCCCCACCGACUGAUGACCAAACUGUUGGACAUAGAAUUAUCACACUCUAUCACACCUUUGGAUUAAGGACUUCCUAAAUAACCGCACACAGUGGGUUAGGAAUGGACAUCGCCCUCUCCACGUCCAUCAGACUCAGCUUCCAUGUGUGUGUGUGUGUGUGUGUGUGUGUGUGUGUGUGUGUGUACACGUUUUUUAAACUUAAUUUUAUUGAGUGACCGUGUGUUCUUUGCCCUGUUUUCAUUUUUACAAUGACAAUGAAGUUUUUAAAUCGAUGACUCCCGUCUCCAGUCCUGGACCUGCAGACUACAGGGAAAUGCCACACAAUUAUCUGUUGUCACUGCUUCAAUAUUUCUUGCACAAUUUUGUUUAAAAGUUUGUACAUUUAUUGAUAAGUUUAUAUAUUUGUGUAAUUAGAAAUCUUAACAGUGUUCAUAAAGAGAACAAUACUGAAGAGUUGUUCCGACUUAGUACUUAGAGGCGGUUAUUAGUAAAAUUAGAGAUCAGAGAACAAAUUCUCUGAUCAAAUGCUGAUUAUCAACUUUAUACAUCUGAGGAAGAAGUACCUAUCAUAAACCCUAUACUUAUAUAAAAGUAGUAAUACUACAGUAUAUGUACAUACUGUAAACCUUUAUGGACUAAUGUUCUGCAUUAAAAUAUAUUUCAAACUCUAUAUAACUGUUGAAUCUUUAAAGUGUUCACCACAGCUGGAGCUAAGUCACUCCUUCAUUUAUUGAUUUAUAUUUUAUAUCAAUCUAACUUGCUAAAUAUGAUUAGAGUUUUAAAUUGAGUUCAUUAUGAAGUAUUUCAUCAUUCAUGAGCUGUUACUUCUACUGUGCACCAGUGGAUGUAAUCAUCCAUCAUGACAGAAAAAUAAUUCCAUACUCAACAAUGCUAUCUGCAAACAUCAGUCUAUUCAAUUCAAUUUCAUUGCCAAAUCACAAAAAACAUCACCUCAAGGGGCUUUAUAUUAUAAGGUAAAGACUCUACAAUAAUAAAAAGGAAAACAAUCAUAUGGCGACAGUGGGAAGGAAAAACUCCCUUUUAACAGGAAGAAACCUCCAGGCUCAUGUGCCGCGACUGCUUGGGAGUGAGGAAAGGAAGACAGGACAUGCUGUGGAAAAGAGUCAGAGAUUAUGAAUAACUAAUGAUUAAAUGCAGAGAGGUGUGUAAACACAUGGUGAGUGAAGAAGAAACAAACACAUGGGAAGCCCCCAGCACCACCAGUGGUAAAAGGAAAAGAAUGGGGACCGCUAUUCUUGUUAACAACUGCUGGUGUAACCCUGCUCACAUCGACACUGAAGAGCAUCUUUUUAGCCCAGAUUUGGAACUAUAUGUUUUUGGUACUCUGACCAUAGUAUUUAUCAUAUUAUUUACCCUGUGAGUUCUCACACAGUGGCUGUAUAUAUUCCUCCCUCUGCAUCUAACAUCAUCACUGUGCUAUAGUCCAGGUAUAGACACAACACCCACGUGCCCAAGACUGGAGGGUUUUCCAGCAUACACAGCCUGUCUAAGGUCAUACCAAAGGAUCUUAAUCAAAGUACAGACUUUGAGUAGAUCACUCCAAAGCUUUGAUUCUGUUUGUUUUUUUAAUCAUUGAGACUUGCUAAUGGACUUUCAAGUAUGUUUCAGAUCAUUGUCCUAUUGCAUAGCCAGGGUGCUCUUGAGUUUCAGGGUACAAACUAAUGGCCGGACAUUAUUCUUCAGGAUAUUCUGGAGGAGAGCAGACUCCAUGGUUCUAGCCUUUUAAAAAAAAAUUAGUUAAUCACAGUUAAUUUGUGAUUUAACAGAGACAUUACUUAUUCAUUUACUCUGUUUUUUUUAGCUGCUCCCAAUAAAGGGGUCGUCACAAAAGAUCAUCUGCCUCCAUCUCCCCCUAUCCCUAGCAUCCUCCUCUGUCACACCAACCCUCUGCAUGUCCUUCUUAACUACAUUCUUGAACGUCCUCAGUGAGCUUUCUCUUUUCUUCCUGUCUGUCACCUCCGUCUACAAUAUCCUUUGUCUAAUAUAGCCACUAUCUUUCCUCUGCCCAUGUCCUUACACAUCUUAACCUCUGUUCUUCUAAUGUACUCAUUUCUAAACUUGUCCAUCCUGGUUUCACCCGGGGAAAAUCUUAACACCUUCUGCUGCCUCUUGUCUUUUUGUCAGUGCCACCAUCUCCACACGAUACAUUGUAUCAGGUCUCUCUACCAUUUUGUAAGCUUUUCCUUUCAAUCUUGCUGCUGUCACUACUCAUGCCUGACUCUCGUCUCCACCCACUCCCUGCACUCAUUUCUUCACUUCUCUUGUGUAUUGUAUAGCUGACCCUAGAUAUUUGACCUCAUCCACCUUCACUACAUCUACUCCUGGCAUAUUCAUCUUCCCACUUAUCUCCCUCUCAUUCACACACAUGCAUUCUGUCUUCCUUCUGCUGACUUUCAUUCCCCUUCUCUCCCCUGCAUACCUCCACCUGUCCUGGUACUCUUCCAUCUGUUCCUGAUUCUCACUUUCAAUCCUGCUGUUUGAUUUGGCCUUAUGAUUCAUUACAUACUGUCUCUCUCACACAGGCACUCGCAUGCCCGGUGCUCAGAUACCCCUCCCGCUUCAGCCAGUUUGCCUUCCUCUGCUACAACCAAGCUCCCUCCAUAUUUGGUUCCACCUACUGGAGCUACUUUUACAUUUAAAACAGUAAGAGCUGUGCUCCACUGUGCUGUAAUUUGGUGGUGAAGACUGUAUUUCUUUACAUACUGGGAGUACCACAUCUUGCUGGUUGUUGAUUCAAAUGCUGAUCCAGCAAAAGUCUACCAGAAAAGGGAGUAAGAGGACGUGUAUGUUGCCUCUUGCUGUAGUUUCUCCACCACUACCAUGAGCUGGAGUUUUCUGACUCACCUGCUGGAAGAAAUCCACAACCAUUCUACAUUUGUGAGCAAGAUCUGGCUCACUGUCUUCAUUGUUUUACGCAUUGUGCUAACAGCUGUAGGAGGAGAGUCAGUCUACAGUGAUGAACAAAGCAAUUUUGUCUCCAACACACUCCAGCCAGGCUGUGAGAACGUAUGCUACGACGCCUUCGCUCCACUCUCACACAUCCGCUUCUGGGUCUUUCAAAUUAUCCUCGUGGCCACCCCUUCACUCAUGUACCUGGGCUACGCUGUCAACAAAAUUACUCGGGCAGAGGAGAAGGCAGAAAGUGGGGGAGUGAAUGGAUUUUCCCAAAAGAAACCCAAGGAGCACGAUCUUGCAUGCAGAAAGCAGCACAGGGACAUUGAAGAGGCUGAGGAUGACCACGAGGAAGAUCCAAUGAUGUAUGAAGUGGCAGAGGUGGAGAGUAACGAUGGUGAAGCAGAGAAGGGAGGCAGCUGUAAUAGAAAAGUAAAAGCCAAAGUGCGCCAUGAUGGGCGUCAUCGUAUCAAAGAGGAUGGAUUGAUGUACUUUUAUGUCUUCCAACUCCUGCUGCGCUCCUUGCUGGAGGUUGCUUUCCUCUAUGGUCAGUACGUCCUCUAUGGCUUUUCUGUUCCUGCCACCUACAAAUGCCGACGCCUGCCCUUUCCUGAUACCGUGGACUGCUUUGUGUCACGGCCAACUGAGAAGACAAUCUUUCUCCUCAUCAUGUACACAGUCUCUCUGCUCUGUCUAGCACUCAAUAUAUGGGAGAUACUUCACCUGGGCAUAGGUACCAUGUAUGAGAUAAUACACUCCCGUAAGACGCAGCUCCCCAAUGAAGACCUGUAUGGGCUGGCAAGAGGACAAGGAGCACUUAACGAGGCAAGAUUGAGUGAGGAAGACUACAGCUCUUACCCAUUUUCUUGGAAUGCACCAGCACCUCCACCUUGGUGGAUAAAUGGCAAACCAGGAGAGCAAACACAAAAGCUCAGAGUAUUUAAAAAACAAAAUGAACAAAACAAUGAAAAAGGCUCAUUGUACUCAAUUACUCUACGUUAUCGUGUUUUACUUACACUUUUCAGUUCUAGUUAAUGACAAUAAAUAAUAUUGAUUUGAAUAAUUAAUGAUUUUAGUACAAGAUACUGAUGAGUAUAGACAAGGUUAUGAAAGUUCAGUAAAAUGAAGAAACAUUUGAAAACAAAAAAUAUAACAACUUACAAAAAAUACAAAAAAGUAAAAUCUUUAACAUUUUAUUAAAUUUCUCAAAGCAUCAACCAAAAUGAGGAAUUUGUACAUGUGUUUAUUGAGCCUGUGAUGUCUACAUCUCACAAACAGUCAAGUGUAGUUUGAAAAUUAAACAUUCUCAAACAAUAGAAACUCAACUGAAACAAAUAGCCAUAAAACUUAAGUCUGGAAACUAAGUGAAUCAAAAUCAAGCUAAAAUAAAACAAAAUAAUAACAAUUAAUUUAAAACAAACUGUAAAAACAGACACAAUUUAAAAAUUUACAAAGCAAGAAGUAAAUAGAACAUAAACAUAACAUAAAAACAUCAGAAGUGAAAAGUAGAAAAACUCAAUACCUAGAGUACUUUAUAAUCUGGGUGUUGUUAAUCCUUUUACUUCAUUAAAGAGUCUUCAUUAUUUCUACUCUAUUUUUUUUUUUUCUGUAGCAGACAUUGUGACUUGUUUAAUAUUUUAAAGGGUACCUGUUAUUCUUCUUUCCAUCUCCAUAUUUUAAUUCUUAGAACAACUCCUUCGUUAGCAGAAGGAUUAAAAAGCAGGUGGGUGGUGCUUCUGUACAGGCAGGGCCAAUCCCUAUUUCUUUAUCUAAAUUGGCCUUAGUUCAACCAGGGGCACAGCAGGGGGCACUCAUGAAAAGCAUAAUAUAUCGCUUUUACCCCUCAGUGCUGAGAAACCUGGGGACUUUCUGUUUCUGUUCAGUAACUCUUCCCUGUUUAAGCAUACAGAACUCUACGGUGUUUCCUGUGGGACUAUUAAGCUGAAGUCCAGCAUAGAGCGGCUGAGUGAAAGUGGUCUGGACUCUGUGGAGGAGAGUCAUGGUUUCAGAGACGCUGUAGAAGGACAAAAUACCUGCUCUGUGAUCCAGGUACACUCCUACUCUGGAGGAACGAGGACCUGAGACAGGAGUGGUGAUAUUAUUAUGUUUGAAAUCAUAACGAUGUUUGUAAAAACCCAAAGCCCACGACUUGUCAUUUUCUCCAAAUCUUUUUUCAGUGUUAUUAUCUUUGUAUGCCACCACCACUAAAGCACCUCCUGAA